UGUGGCAAGCGCUUCAAGCGAAUGGAGCACUUGAAGCGCCACAAUCGUACUCACACUCAGGAACGGCCUCACAAGUGCCCAGUGGACGGCUGUGGCAAGUACUUUGGACGUACGGACAACCUGUCUCAGCAUCUCAAGACUCAUUUCAGG